AUGAGUAUCACGCAUACCGUGCUCUUCAAGAUCCAGGCGGACGUCAAGCCUGAGGAUGUGAAAGCGGCUUGCGAUCGCUUUCUUGCGCUCAAGGACAACUGCAUCCACCCAACAAAGAAUACUCCUUACAUCGCCUCGUUGAAGGGUGGACAGGACAACUCUCCCGAGGGAUUGCAGAAUGGCAUCACUCAUGGAUUCGUCGUGGAAUUCAACUCUGUAGAGGACCGAGACUUUUAUGUCAAGACGGACCCUGCUCAUCAGGCUUUUAUCAAAAGCAUUGGCGGCCUAGUCGAGAAAGCCAUCGUGGUUGACUUCUCCAAUGGCGUCUAUUAA